AUGUCAACACUAUAUUCUGACAGGGACGUUGAUCGGUUUUUGACCAAUUUCAAUGAGCUUCAUUUGGCUCGUGAAAAGGAGAAUCGGGAUCGACUGUCUGAUCUGGAACGCGAGGUUAGCUUGAAGCGAGAGCAAUAUGAAAAGUCUCCAAAGAAGAAGCCUCUUGUUCCUAAGAAAACCAAGAAAUUGGGCGAGAAAGUGAAGGAGGAGCUGGCCAAGAAGGAUGUGGAGGAGUUUCUACAGGAGAUGGAGCCGCAGGAGAAAGAAGAGAGGUCCCAGAAGGGGCCUCAGCCUAUAAAAUACGAAGACGUGGUCAAACAGAAAGUAUUGACCCCAGAAUGGCGCAAAACGGUUUCCAGUGCACAGUCGACGCCCAAACCGGCGCUUAAGCCGGUCUCGAAACCGCCCCCAGUCGUUGUUUCCCCCAAACCUGUCGCAUACACCCUCAAGCCGGCCGUGAAACAGACGUUGCCAAUUCCAACCAUCGCGCAAUCGACGUUUGUUGCGGCCAAACCCCCCAAAUCUGCCGACCCUCCACCGCCGUUUCUGGGUGUCCAGCUAUCGCCAACGAGGAAGGCCGCUAUAGAACCGAAGAAGGAGAAGCCAGAGGCCCUGAACCAGCUGGCUUUCCUCAAGCCUGCCAAACCAGUCCCACAGAGGUCCACAGAGAUCCCCGAAGCUCUGUCGAAGCUGUCGACGCUCGCCAAGGCAAAACCGGCGCCUAAACCAGUUCCUCCAAAACCCGAGGCGUUGCUCAAGUUCUCGAGCCUGAAGAAAGUGCCGGCCGAAUCCCCGAAACCCAAGCCAUCGCAGUUCCUGCUGCCUCCUCGCGCAAAGACCGAGCCGCAACACCCCGUUCCGAGGGGGAUCGCACUGCCUGGACUGGCGCAGCCGAACGUGUUUUUGGCCAGAGCCUCAUCCGAGCCGAAAAAACCAUCUAGAGACCUUUCCAGCUUCGACACCCAGGGACAGGCUCUGGAUCACGUGACCAAAACUCGAGCCAAAGGACCAAAGAGAAGACCGCCAAAAGGGAGCAGCAACAGCAACAACAAGACGUACGGAGCUGUUACGUCUGCCACCACCAAGAAGGCGCCCCCUCCGAUUCGCAAGUCGUCUCGCCAGGUGUCCAACAGCGAGCUGUUCAUUUAG